AUGCGCAAGUUACAAAGCUACUAUGAUGGAGCACUGCUACAGAUGUUCGAGAGCCUCGCAUCGUUCCCUAUCGGAUGGGACUAUUUUCGUUUUGGCCGACUGUCUCUAGCUAUACAAGUAAACUGCGAGGAGGCUUGCUCUAAUGGCCUACAUGAGCUCCUACCAAGCAAGAAGCCACGAACGAAGGCGGUCUCGAACAGCCUACGAUCUUCUCUUGGAUACUACUUCAAUGGUCCCACAGACCAAUUCCCGAUGAGUGAUUCAGGCCAAGUCGCACACGAUGCCCUAUCACUAGGGUUUUGGUCCGAGAGGAUAGAGACUACUGCUCGAAGAAGGACGAAUUCUGUCAACUUCGAUCUCGUCUCCUCGGAACCUCCAACAUUGAGCACAAAUGACAAGGAUCUUCCCAAGAAAGAGAGGUCUAACCGACCAUUUGAACGGUCUUAUCAUCGAAACCGCGGCUUCAUCGUUUUGGAAAACAUGGUGGCAACUUUCCCUUACGAGCCCGGAGCGUUUGCUUCGCUCUUUGCAGUAACGAGGGAUACCAUCCCUUUAGAUCCUUUGGAGGUUCCGUCUGAACCGACUCUUCAAGAAAAGGUAUUGGAUCAGGAUGGUGGAAUCUCGUUGCGACCGCCAUCAUCCAAUUACGAUCGUUCGAUCCGCUCUCCUUCUACAAGAUCGGAAAUACGACCGAAGACUUCUGGUCCAGAGGAAGGAUGGAAUGAGCAUGACUUUUCCAAUAUACAGAUGUAUCCAAUUGGUUCCGCUGGCUGCUCAUCUAUCGAACAGCCGACCCUGCAGCAUAUCGACACCUGCAUGACCAUCCAGGGACUUAACAAUGAGAGAUUCAGACCGGUGGGGCCCCUGGAUCACGACUUGAUCAAAGACCUCCAAGUAAAUGGAUCUCACGACGACGCAACAUUGAAAUCCAGCUACCUUGGCGGUGAAGCCAAAUCGCAAGCUGGCUCCGAGGAAGGAAAUGAUAAUGACUACAUGGAUACUUUGGAAGAAAGCGACCAGAAUGCCGAUGAAUACAUUACGAGGGCGCAACAGAUAAAUGCCAAAGAUGUCGAUAUUUCACACCGUCAUGCAUCUGACGAUCAACGGCCGGACCCUGAACAACAAAUCCGCGAUAGCGCUGAGAUAGCUGGCGCAGUUUAUGAGGGACGCUUGGAUACAGGCUCUUCUCAAAUGACACGUCAUGUCUUCGAGCCGGACCAAGUGGCACACCUCGGACUCAGUCCUGUGGACCAAUUCCCGGAGCGUGCCACAGAUGUUGCAGGAAAGACAUCUCACAAAGAUGGAAGGACUGCAUGGGGCGGAAGAUCGAACCUAGGUAUCGAGUUGGAGCAUCUUAGCUCCGAGACAGGUCCCGAUCAGCCUGGUCAGUCGAACGCCCAAAUCACCCUAACUUCUAAACACAAGACCGUGUUUCUGGGACCUAUGGUUGAGACAUCUAAUGAUUUCAAAUCGAAUCAAACAGCAGUGGCGACAAGAUUCAGUGUAUUGCUUUCGUUCGAAAUCCCAGCGAGCUUCUCGUCGAACUCCUCCGGAAGCCAGACAUCGAUCUUGCUGCAUCGGAAUCUGCUAAUCGCUCGCCAACCUACGCAAACAUCACGCCAAGGCAAACUUGCUCCUCGCUUGAGUUACCUAGAUGAACUCUCUGCACAGCUUGCCUCGGGAACAUGCUGCUUUUGA